AUGAAUCACCUCAGCUUGUUCUUUGCAGCUUGUGGGUUUCUAGAGAUAUACCACUUGGGGGCAGCAUAUGCUCUUUCCAAACAUGGCAAGAAAUUACUGGAGGUUGUGAAUGCCUUUGCAGGAGCUUCUUCAGGAUCUGUGACUGCCACUGUUCUUUUAACAGUGCCCGAAAAUAUAGAGGAGUGUACCAAAAAUACCUAUGAAUUUGCAGAAGAUCCUAGAAAACUACACUUUGGACCACUAACACCAAGCUAUGACAUUCUAUUUUUCUGUAGGGGCUGCAUUGAUUCAAUUCUUCCUCCUAAUGCUCAUGUAGCAGAAAAUCGGCUCUUUGUAUCAGUCACUAGUGCUAAAAAUGGAAAAAAUUUGCUUUCAGAUUUUGCCUCCAGGGAGGAUCUUGUUAAGAGGUCACCAGACCCUUAUACGCGUCAGACCAGCAUAGCUACCUACCUGAAUCUAGAAUUGUUGGAAGAGAACUUUGCAAGACUCCACCAGGCUCUUUUCCCACCAAGCCAGGAGAAGAUGGUAUCGCUAUACCAGGAAGGAUAUGAUGAUGCCAUACAUUUUUUACUAAAGGAAAAUUGGUUUGAAUAG